GAGAGACUUCCACAGCACUUGCAGCAAAAGCAUGAGCUAAAGCGUGAUGAUGGAAAGUACAAGAAGUAUCUCUCACUCGCAAAAGUCGUAUCUAGAAAGAAGCCCCACAUAUUUCUGAGGAUGAAAGCAGAACGAGAAAGCAACAUCGGUGAUAAGUAUGAUCAGAACAGGUUAUCUUCAUUUGACACCACAUCACGAACAUCAGAACAAGAUCUCGAGGAUGACCAACUCGCACCUGAUGUGCCUGGAGAAGCUGAUGGUUCUGGUAACUUUGAUAGCACCGAAGACCCUCUGGCUGACGCUGUAGCAGAGACUAUGCAAGAAUUUGAAGACUGGCUUAUUUCCCCAGACUGCGAGAAGAAAGACGAGAAAACUGCCAAGCAACAUGUUGCCCAAGUGAAAAAUGUUUUGUCCAUAAUAGGUGGGGGUGCUUGCCUUCGAUCAUUGCUUGACGCGAAACAGAUUCGAGAUGUCUUCCUUCGUCAGUACGCUGAAGUGAAAUACUCUCCUGCAACAAUAAAAUCCUAUCUCAUGAGCCUCCAACACUUCUGCUCAUUUUUGCUAGGGGAAAACCCCGGUGGAGUUAGAUUCAAGAAAGAUGACGUCCUCAGCCUUAAAGAAAAGUUAAAGAACUGGUCGGACUCGUAUAAACGUGACAAUACACGGCGCAGGUGGGAAAAAAUGGAAGAAGAUAUCAGCGUCCUCAUAACGCCAGAAAAAAUCGCUGCCUUCAACAGAAGCCAGGCUGUCAGAGAAUUAUUUUGGGCAAGCUCAGCGGUGGUCAGUACAGCCUGAUGACCCAAGCUGAUUACACGUUAUUAAGAGAUUACUUAAUUUCGCAAAUAAUGAUUGACAACGCAAACAAAGCUGGAGUCGUGGCAUACAUGACUGUUCAAGAGUUUCAAAGAGCCAGACCUCAGGAUGACAAACACGUCGUGCGUGUCCUUAAACAUAAAACUGUCAAUACUCAUGGGCCAGCUCAAAUUGUGUUAACCAAUCACCUGUACAACCACCUAAAAAUUUUCUUCGAAAAAAUGCGUUCACAACUGCCGACUGCAGGGCCAAGUGAGAUCGAUGCAAAGUUUUUCCUCUCGUGGGGGGGAAAUGACAUGAAAUCAAGUCAGAUGUCGAAAGCAUUGCAAGCCAUCUUCCAGAAAGCCGGGAUCGAGGGCCCUAUGAACCACACACUCUACAAAAAGAAUGCUGUCUCCGAGUGCCACCAAAACCGUAAAGAAAUCAGUGGCAAUUUGGCGGAUCUCAUGGCUCACAGAGAAUCGACCGCCGAAAAAUACUAUAGAGUGCUUAAUAAAAGCCGGUCAUCCGUAAAGGCAUCCCAGGUUCUCCAUGGCAUGAUGCGAAAUGAAGAAAAGAGUAACGAGAAGAGAUUAAAAGAAAAGACGGAGGAAAAGAGCAACAGUGGGAGCGUAGAAGAAAUGACAAACGAAAAGAGCAACACUGGGAGCGUAGAAGAAAUGACGAACGAAAAGAGAAACAGUCAGAGCCUAGAAGAAAAGAUGGAUGCCAUUAAGAAGCUGUUUGGUCCAGAGAUCGAUGCACAAAGUAUAUCUAUCGCCACUGUCAGAGAAAAAAUAUGCCUGGAUCCAAUUCUAUGCAACGAAGAUGCAAAGAAGGUGUACGACAAAAUACGGGCUCAGUGGCGGUACAAAGCGCAAGUAGACAACAAGCCAUCAACAGCUUCCUUGCCAUCAGAAAAGGAAACAGUC